CUGCGUCAACGACGCGUUUUCGGUCUAAAUUCUCAAGUAAACACUUCUUUACAUCAUCAUGUGCUCAAUUUCUGAGUAGUUUCAGCGCGUCAUAACCUCACAAGUGACCAUAUGUCCUUGAGCGCGACCUUGACACGAAGCCACGUGCAACCAGUCCACCCGUGAGAUCAAUGAGAUAGAAAGAGCAAGGAAAGCGAAAUUUGCAUAGAGCCAUUUUAUAGGAAACUGGCCUUCUUGUGCUCUAGUACGGGGACUUCCGACUUGUCCUAAAUAGAAUUGAUCUAUUAUGGCCAGCUUAUCAGAGGCGGAUGCGGCGCAGCUCCAAGCACAUCUUCAGGAUGCUGUAGUAUCUUGCUCGGAGCGAGGUCUCUAUCAGUCAGCGAAAUGGGCGGCUGAACUGCUAAGUUCAUUACCAGCUAGCGAGUACGGCUCGGAGACAGAUCCUGAUUCUUCGAUGGCAGAUGUCCAGCCAACCUCUCUAAAGUCUCCUAAGACUCCACCUCAAUGGGACGCUACACUUGAGGCUCGGGAACGGAAUAAAUAUCUUCUAGCAAAGUCGUUCUUCGAUUGCCGAGAGUUCGAUCGUUGUGCGGCACUCUUCCUCCCAUACACACUUCCUAAGGUCCCGAUCGCAACAGGCCCAGAGGCGCCUCGUGCGAAACAGGACCCGAAAGGCAAGGCCAAGACUAAUACCCCUACGGUUCCUCCCAUUCAGACACCACUCAAGAGUAUGAGCAGAAGAUCACUGUUCCUUGCGCUUUACGCGAAGUACCUCUCAGGAGAGAAACGAAAGGAUGAAGAAAGCGAAAUGAUCCUGGGGCCUCAGGACGGCGGUAUGACUGUCAACAAGGAGCUGACGGGGCUUUCGUCCACUUUGGAAAGCUGGUUUACUGAGCAGCAUGAAAAGGGUCGGGACGGUGGGGGUUGGCUUGAAUACCUAUACGGCAUCAUACUGGCCCGACAAAAGAAUGAGGAACUUGCAAAGAAGUGGCUCGUCCAAAGUGUGCACCUGUAUCCCUAUAACUGGGGUGCAUGGCAAGAGUUGGCCAGUCUAAUGGGGACAGUGGAACAGCUCACUGCUAUCCUCGAACACCUACCGCAGAACAUCAUGACAUUCAUCUUCCACGUCUACGCAAACCAAGAGCUCUACCAGUCCGCCGAAACCAUCCACGCACAACUCACCCAAAUCUCCUCCCUAUUCCCUGCCUCAGCCUUCCUCAAAACCCAGCGCGCCCUCCUCUUUUACCACUCCAAAGACUUCGAGACCGCCUCCCAAAUCUUCACCACCCUCCUCCACACCCACCCCCACCGCCUCGACUCCCUCGACGUUUUCUCCAACAUCCUCUACGUCAUGUCCAACCGCCCCCUCCUCUCCUUCCUCGCCCACCUCUCUACCGCCACCGACAAAUUCCGCCCCGAGACCUGCUGCAUCGUCGGCAACUACUACAGCAUGCUCUCCGCCCACGAGAAGUCCGUCGUCUACUUCCGCCGUGCUCUGUCCCUCGACCGCUCCUUCGCCGGCGCCUGGACCCUCAUGGGCCACGAAUACGUCGAGAUGAAAAACACGCACGCUGCCAUCGAAUCCUACCGCCGCGCCGUGGAGAUCAACCGCCGCGAUUACCGCGCCUGGUACGGCCUCGGCCAGACCUACGAGUUCCUCGAGCAAUAUUCCUACGCCAUUUUCUACUUCCAACGCGCCGCCGCCUUGCGCCCGUUUGACCCCAAAAUGUGGGGCGCGAUCGGCGCGUGUCUGCAUCGCACUGGGAAGUAUGAGAACGCCAUCCGCGCGUACAAGCGGGCGCUGGUGGCCGGGAGCUACUACGAGGGCGCGGGCGCGAGCUUCGCCUCCGUCGGCGACAGCCAGGGCAGCGCGGGGAAACUCGGCGGCGGGGUGCUGGACCCGGAGGUGCUGUUCCAGAUCGCGGUGCUGUAUCAGCGGAUCAGCGACAUUCCCGAGGCGGCGGCGUAUAUGGAGAUGUGUCUCGCGCAAGAGGAGGGUCCGGAAUCUCCGGGCGGCGGGGGAGGUGGAGAGGGGGCGGAAACGGUUGGGAUGGGUGGUGUGGGCGUGACCGAGACGACCAGCAAGGCGCGGAAAUGGUUGUCGAGGUAUGAGUUUGACCGGGGGUCAUAUCAGCAGGCGAUGGAGUAUGCGAACGAACUUUGUCAGGAUGGGGUCGACGUGGAGGAUGCCAAAGCGUUGGUGCGGGAUAUCCGGUCGAGAGUCGAGAUGCUGAAAGAUGCUGGGACAAGCAGGGAUAUAGAGGACGUUGAAAGGAGAUUUGGGCGAGCGGCUUGAGCGUAUCAUUGAUCAUGAAAGCACAAUGAGCAUAAGGGUAUCAAUUUGAAUUAGUGAUAUUGGAGAAGUUGUGAAUGCAGAGCAUCCAAGCGACUGACUUCUCCGUCUGUUUCAUUUGGACAUAACUAGCGGUACUCGCUACUCGUCAUACUACUGGAGC